AUGAGUCAGCCAAAGAUCAGGCGUUGGGUUGGAAAAUAUGAAGUUGGAAAAACGAUUGGCGAAUGUACUUUUGCAAAAGUGAAGUACGCUAAGGAUACUGAGACAGGAGAAUCCGUGGCUCUUAAAAUCCUUGAUAAAGAGAAAGUCCUCAAGCAUAAGAUGGUUGAACAGAUCAAAAGAGAAAUUUCUACUAUGAAGCUGAUAAACCACCCAAAUGUAGUGCGGCUGUACGAGGUUUUGGCGAGCAAGUCGAAGAUAUAUAUUGUCCUCGAGUUCAUCAGUGGUGGAAAGCUUUUUGACAAAAUUAAAAAUGACGGGCGCAUGAAAGAAGAGGAAGCCCGGAGAUAUUUCCAGCAGCUUAUCAAUGCAGUUGAUUACUGCCACAGCAGGGGAGUGUACCACAGAGACUUAAAGCCAGAAAACUUGCUUCUUGAUGCUCAAGGAAAUCUGAAAGUCUCUGAUUUUGAACUGAGUGCCUUGUCCCAACAAGUCAGGGGUGAUGGUCUUCUUCACGCUGCAUGCGAAACUUCAAACUAUUCGGCUCCUGAGGUUCUUAAUGAUCAAGACUACGAUGGGAAAACUGCAAACUUGUGGUCCUGUGGAGUGAUACUCUUUGUACUACUUGUUGGGUACAUGCCUUUCGAAGAUUCCAAUCUCAAGACGCUGUACAAAAAGAUCUCAUCUGCUGAAUUCAGUUGUCCUCCUUGGCUCUCUUCUGAUGCUAAGAACUUGAUCAGCCGAAUCUUGGAUCCAAACCCAAUGACUCGUAUCACAAUUCCAGAGAUUUCGGAAGAUGCUUGGUUCAAGAAAGAUUACAAACCACCCGUGUUCGAAGAGAACAAAGAAGCAAAUUUGGAUGAUGUGGAAGCUGUUUUUAAAGAUUCCAAAGAUCGGAGAGUGCAAUUGAGGUCAAUUCCUUGUGUGAUAUGUUCAGGUGGUACAACUUGUGGCGAUGUUCGUUCAAGGACCAAACUGAUGAAUGGUUUGAUAGAACGAGGGAGACCACAAGAGGCACAUUCCAUUUUCAACACACUUAUUGAGGAAGGCCACAAGCCAAGCAUCAUCACAUACACCACUCUUGUGACUGCUUUGACCCGUCAAAAGCAUUUCCACUCUCUCCUCUCCCUCAUCUCCAAACUCGAGAAAAACGGCCUCAAACCCGACACUAUUCUCUUCAACGCCAUCAUCAAUGCCUCUUCCGAGUCUGGAAAUCUCGACCAAGCAAUGAAGAUCUUUGAAAAAAUGAAAGAAAGUGGAUGUAAACCCACAGCAAGUACAUUUAAUACUCUCAUAAAAGGAUAUGGGAAAAUCGGUAAGCUGGAGGAAUCAUCAAGACUCCUUGAGACGAUGUUACGGGAUGAGAUGCUCCAACCAAAUGACAGAACAUGUAACAUACUUGUACAGGCUUGGUGUAACCAAAAGAGGAUUGAAGAAGCAUGGAACAUUGUAUAUAAGAUGCAAUCUUUUGGGGUAAAACCUGAUGUAGUCACGUUUAACACAUUGGCAAGAGCGUAUGCACGGAUCGGGUCAACAUGUACAGCUGAGGAUAUGAUCAUACCAAGGAUGUUACACAACAAAGUUAAACCGAAUGUACGUACCUGCGGCAUCAUUCUGAAUGGCUACUGUGAAGAGGGAAAGAUGGAAGAAGCUUUGAGGUUUUUCUAUAGAAUGAAGGAACUUGGAGUUCAUCCAAAUCUCAUUAUUUUUAACUCUCUAAUCAAAGGCUUCCUUGCCAUCAAUGACAUGGAUGGAGUUGGCGAGGUAGUGAAUCUGAUGGAAGAAUUCGGAGUAAAACCAGAUGUGGUAACAUUUAGCACUCUAAUGAAUGCAUGGAGCUCUGUAGGAGAUAUGAAAAGAUGCGAAGAGAUCUAUGGAGAUAUGUUGGAAGGAGGAAUAGAUCCCGACAUUCAUGCAUUUAGUAUCCUUGCCAAAGGGUAUGCUCGAGCUGGAGAGCCCGAAAAGGCAGAGCAAAUCUUGAAUCAGAUGAGAAAAUUCAGUGUUCGCCCAAACGUGGUGAUCUACACAACAAUCAUAAGCGGUUGGUGCAGCGCGGGUGAAAUGAAGAAAGCGAUGCAGGUAUAUAACAAAAUGUGUGGAAUAGUUGGUUUAUCGCCUAACUUGACUACUUACGAGACUCUUAUAUGGGGAUAUGGGGAAGCGAAGCAGCCAUGGAAAGCGGAAGAGCUUCUUGAAGAAAUGGAAGAGAAGAAUGUUGUUCCCACAAAGAAAACCCUGCAACUUAUUUCUGAUGGAUGGAAAUCUAUUGGUGUUUCUAAUAAUGAUGAUGCCAAUACAUUUGGAUCUUCUAUCUCAACUUCCUCCAUACUCGAUACCCCAAAUCAUAUCGCCUCGUCUUCGGUUUCAACCAAACCAAGAAGUCCAUUGUCACCAAAGCUAUACAUCAAGUCCAAGUUUGGUAUGAGGAAUAGUGUUUUAGUGGUAUUGUGCAGAGACCAGAUCAAGUAUCAGAUUGGGGAAGCUGGGAGAUUUGCUAAUUCAUGUAGAUUUGUUUUGGUUUAG